AUGGCCAAGAUGAAGGAUAGCGCCCUGAUUGCAGUGCUGGCUACGGGGCUGGGGGUGCUAUGCUUGGCGACAGCUGCAGUGCAGGAUCCUCGGUGCCAACGGGUGGAGCAUCCCAUUGUUACCAGUGAAGAAAUUGCUCCCUGGUUACAUGUUUUCAGAGCAGAAGAUGCUGUUGACUUUUCUCAGAUAACAUUUGAUCCUAGACAAGAAGAACUCAUUAUUGGAGCAAGAAACUACCUCUUCAGAUUACGUCUCGAGGACCUUUCUCUAAUUCAGGGUGUGGCAUGGCAGUGUGAUGAAGCUACUAAGAAAGCAUGUUACAGUAAAGGCAAGUCAAAGGAAGAAUGCCAGAAUUACAUCCGUGUUCUCCUUAUUGGUGGAGACCGGCUCUUUGCAUGCGGAACGAAUGCUUUUACACCAAUUUGCACUAAUCGGACGUUGAGUAACCUAGAAGAGACACACGAUCAGAUCAGUGGCAUGGCUCGCUGUCCAUACAGCCCCCAGCACAACUCCACAGCCCUUCUCACAAAUACCGGCGAGCUCUAUGCUGCAACCGUCAUGGACUUUCCAGGAAGGGACCCUGCUAUUUAUCGUAGUUUGGGGAUCCUUCCUCCUCUCCGGACUGCACAGUACAACUCGAAGUGGCUCAAUGAGCCAAAUUUUGUAUCGUCAUAUGACAUUGGAAACUUCUUCUACUUCUUCUUCCGAGAGAAUGCCGUGGAACAUGACUGUGGGCAAAUAGUCUAUUCCCGGGCUGCUCGAGUGUGUAAGAAUGACAUUGGAGGCAGGUUUUUGCUGGAGGAUACCUGGACCACCUUCAUGAAAGCUCGCUUGAACUGUUCCCGCCCAGGAGAAAUUCCGUUUUACUACAAUGAAUUACAGAGUACGUUCUACCUGCCAGAACUGGACUUAAUCUACGGGAUCUUUACAACUAAUGUGAACAGUGUUGCCGUUUCUGCGGUUUGUGUGUUCAACAUGACUGCAAUCACUCAGGUCUUCAAUGGCCCUUUCAAGUACCAGGAGAACUCACGCUCUGCCUGGCUGCCUUAUUCCAACCCAAAUCCCAGUUUCCAGUGUGGCACCAUGGACCAAGGUCUGUAUCUGAAUCUGACUGAAAGAAAUCUCCAAGAUGCCCAGAAAUUUAUUCUGAUGCACGAAGUCAUUCAGCCAGUCACACCAGUUCCUUAUUUCAUGGAGGACAACAGCCGGUUUUCUCAUGUCGUUGUAGAUGUGGUACAAGGCAAAGAGAUGCUCUUCCAUGUCAUCUAUUUGGCCACAGACCACGGCACUAUCAAGAAGGUACUUGCUCCAGUUAAUCAGACGGCAAGCAGCUGCUUGUUGGAGGAGAUUGAAAUUUUCCCAAAGACCCAACGGGAGCCCAUCAAGAGUCUGCAGAUUUUACACAGUCAGAGUGCUCUGUAUGUGGGCCUUCAGGAAAGUGUUGUGAAGAUCCCACUAAAAAGAUGUCAGUUUUAUAAAACACACAGCACAUGUGUUGGAUUCCAGGAUCCUUAUUGUGGCUGGGACCAGGUGCUGAAGAAAUGCACGCCACUCGAAGAAAGUCUAAGCAUGAGCCAAUGGGAGCAGAGCAUCUCUGUGUGUCCAACGAGGAAUUUGACGGUGGACGGCCAUUUUGGAUCUUGGUCAGAGUGGAAACCUUGUACACAUGUGGAUGGUUCCAGCGUGGGCCUUUGCCUUUGCAGGACACGCUCGUGUGACAACCCGGCUCCAAUGUGUGGAGGCUGGCCGUGUGAAGGGCCAAGCAUGGAAAUUGUCAAUUGCUCCAGGAAUGGAGGAUGGACUCCCUGGACUACUUGGUCUCCUUGUAGCACCUCCUGUGGAAUUGGCUUCCAAGUCCGCCAGCGCUCCUGCAGUAACCCAAGCCCUCGGCACGGAGGUCGUGUGUGUGUGGGACAGAACCGCGAAGAACGGUAUUGCAAUGAGCAUUUGUUGUGUUCCCCGCACGUGUUCUGGACUGGCUGGGGUGCCUGGGAACGCUGUACAGCCCCAUGUGGAGGAGGAAUUCAGGCCCGCCACAGGGUGUGCGAGAAUGGCCCGGACUGUCCUGGCUGCAGUGUUGAGUAUCAAGCUUGCAACACUAACCCCUGUCCAGAGCUGAAGAAGACAACUCCGUGGACUCCUUGGACUCCCGUCAACAUCUCUGACAACGGAGGGCACUAUGAGCAGCGAUUCCGAUACACCUGCAAGGCGCGGCUGCCUGAUGCAAGUUUGCUAGAUGUGGGAAGGCAAAGGAUUGAAAUGCGUUACUGUUCCAGCGAUGGCUCCACUGGAUGCUCAACGGAUGGGGACUUCAUGCGUUCUGGGCAUUACUCCGCUCACACCAUUAAUGGUGUUUGGUCUCCGUGGUCUCCGUGGUCUCAGUGCAGCCGUGACUGUAGCCGAGGCAUUCGAAACCGCAAGCGUCUUUGCAACAAUCCUGAGCCAAAGUAUGGAGGCCUGCCCUGUCUGGGACCGUCCCUGGAAUACCAGGAGUGUAACGUCCUUCCAUGCCCAGUUGAUGGAGGUUGGUCUUGUUGGUCAUCGUGGUCGAAGUGCUCUGCCACUUGUGGAAGUGGGCAUUACAUGAGGACACGCUCCUGCACAAACCCAGCACCAGCUUAUGGAGGGGACAUCUGUCUGGGACUCCACACUGAAGAAGCACUCUGCAACACGCAACCGUGCCCAGAUAGCUGGUCUGCCUGGUCCGAGUGGUCUGGCUGCGCUUCAUCUGGAGUCCAGUUCCGUGCCCGUCAGUGUGAUGUUUUGUUUCCUGUGGGUCAGCAGUGUUCUGGGAAUACUACUGAGAGCCGACCGUGUGUUUCUGAUUCCAACGCCAUACCAGAUAUAAUGGUAGCAAGAACCAGCAGCAUCAAAGAAAAACGAUGCGGUGAGUUUAAUAUGUUCCACAUGACUGCUGUGGGGCUGAGCAGCUCCAUUCUUGGAUGCCUUCUGACUCUUCUGGUUUACACUUACUGCCAACGGUAUCAGCAGCAGUCCCACGACGCAACUGUCAUCCACCCAGUGUCUCCUGCGCCUCUCAAUACCAACAUCACUAACCAUCUGCACAAGCUGGACAAGUACGAUUCCGUGGAAGCCAUUAAGGCAUUUAACAAGAAUAAUCUCAUCCUGGAAGAGCAAAACAAGUACUUCAAUUCACACCACAAUUCGAAGGCGUAUUCCAACGCCUAUUUCACAGACCUGAAUCACUAUGAUGAGUAUUAAGUGUCUCCCCAUGGCCUGACCCGUCAGAGCAGAACCUGAGAUACUACUGUCGUGUGGAUACCAAUAAAAAAAAAAUUACAAUCAUGACCUAUGUGGGCAAGAGGUUCCCUUUCCAAAGCUGUAUAUUGCAGUACAAUAUUUGUACUGUGUAAUCACAGAGAGACACAAGAUGAAAGUUAUUUCUGUUUUAGGUUAAUACAGUUUGAUCAGUUUGCUGCCGUUCUACUAAUUAAUAUUUUUCUGCUUCUCAAAAGGCAAUUUGAAGAUGAUUAGAUACUUUUCGCAGGACAUUGUUUCCCACUUGCCUAAGAGAGUUGUUUUCUGUACAUAGGAUGCCUCUAUGGAACACUGCGAAACAAAACAGAAGACCUAAGAAAUAAUCUAACGGAAUUAUUCUGUCUCCAGCAAAUCCAAGAACUCUACUGUUCAUGCCAGAACUGAUGUCACCUUCUGUGCCAGGUUUUUAGUUUUGGCCCUAGACGAAUCUGAAAGUAAUUAAGGUGGGACUGCAAAACCCUGCAUUGUUGCAAGGGAUGUUAGCAGAGCAGGAACCGUAGAGAAGUGCAAGGGGUAAAACCAAUCAAGAACUGCAGCCCCGUGGACAUUUUUAAUCAGCAGGGGAGGGAAGGAAGGGAGGGCACCGGGAACAAUUUCUGCAUGUUAUUGCCACAUCUGGAUCGCUGUACUAGCAUGGCUGUUUGCUUAGCCUGCAUAACUGCACCGAGUCCGAGUCCCCCUGGGCUGUCCAUCACAACAUCCACAAACCUGUCAGAACAUCAAAGUGGGCAAGGCUUCGUUGCAGAUCCAUCCAUUCCUUUGCCCUGACAUGCUUAGGAGCAAAUGGAAAAACACGAACGCUUUUAUUUUUAGUGUGUUUUUAAAAAGAAUUCAUCAAGGAAAACAGUGGCAUAAAGCGUAUCAAAGCAUCAUUGUAAUAAUUUUGAAGGACUAACUGAGCUUGCCCGUUAUGCCUGGAUUAUGUAAAUAUUGGAAGUGCUUUGCUGAGCAUAAAGUUGGCUUUCUCUCGCUUGAACUGAAAAAGGUGGUGGUGGGGAGGUAAUCAGGCUCCCAAUUUUGUAUUGGAUUGGUUCCCUGUUGACUUCACUAAUUUUGAACAAUGACAUCUUUCCUUAAAAAAAAAAAAAGAACAAACAGCUUUACUGUUUGAAUGAAUG